CACCGGCUUCAGCCCCAUACACAUCGGGACUAAGUGCUGACUGCUCAUUACAGGCCCCACUCUGUAUGCGCACUUGAUUGCAGGCUAUUCAUCUGCAAUACACAACAAACUUCCACAAGGACUUGCCAUUCACACCAUAGACCCCCGCGUCCAAGAUGGAGUACCUGGCUCCACAGCACCUUGACCAAAAUAUUUCUACAGACAUCUUCCCCGACCUUCUUGGAUGGGUGUUCGAGAGCGACGCCUUUCAAAGAUGGCAUCGAGGUCAUGGGAAGUGGCAAUUGCACUGUAUCGGAGGACCGGGGUCUGGGAAGACAACGUUCGCGAGAUUGGCGUCUCGGCACCUAAGGCAGCACCCUGAACAUCAAGGCUGUCCUAUCAUCUUGGUCUGUAUCGACAAAGACAUCCCCAAUUGCCAGAUCGACUUCAUCGAAGCCUUCUUGGUCACAGUGUAUCACAACAUUAAGGAGUCUGUCCUCCACCAGAGCGAUGAGUCUGACCGGUUGUAUGAGGAGUACAGCGACUUAUGUGACCCUCAAUCGAUGGGUGCACAGAGGAGGAAACGACUAGGGUGUCUUCGUCAAGCUGUCCAUGCGAGCCUUGAAGCAGCUAACGACAGUUACGCGUUUUUGAUUCUUGACGGUAUUGACAGAUGUGGCCCCACAGUACGGUAUAUGUUGGAGACAGAAUUGGCUGAUCUGCAACAAAAAGGAACGAGGGUUCUGUUGACGUCUCGCUCAGCGGCCUUCGAGCAGAGAGAGGCUCAAUGCGAUAUUCGCGAAUGUCACAACCAUGUCAACCAAAUUCCACUGGAUAUGUAUAUGCUAUGCCUUGACAAUAGUUGCGAAGGCUUCACCAUGUGUUUUGUGUGCAGAGACGCAGGCAAAACUUGCCACUCGUGUAAUGUCCACGACAACCUCAUGGAGGACUAUGAUCAUGUCAACGUCAGGCUAUGGGUCCCACCAGAUGUGAUGAAGGCCUUCAUUGCAUGGGAUUUGGAACGCGAGCAUGGCGACCUGGGACUCAACAGUCGCGGUCGGAAGCCCCCUCUGUCUGCACUGGGCGAGAGUUUAGUGUCCACACGGGAUGUAAAGCCUAUCACACAGCUUGUCGACGAUAUCGAACUGAACUCAUAUGGAAACAUUGCGAUGGCACGGGCGAGAUUAGACCUGGUGCAUGAUAUGGAGACUGCUGAGAGCCUCGAUGCCAGGAGACAACAACUUCCUGCACCUAUCGUUGCCCUGUUCGACUGUGGACUCGAAAGCAUCGAGGCUCAGCCCAAGCAUCAACGGGCAAUUGCGCUGAAAGCUAUCGCUUCCGCGGGCCGGUAUGAUGACGGGGAGGCGAUAGAUGAACUACGUGAGCAAUUACGAGGGUUCGAUAUCCCUGGUAUUUACAGUGGGGAGGAGAUUGUCGAAGCAACCAGGGGCUGGCUCGUCGACAUAAUGGUUGAAGGCCCACAAAGACUCAAGAUCUAUAACAGGAACUUCCUGUUCUAUGUGGAACAGAGAUACAAUCAAGCUCUUCACCGAGCCGCCAUACAAAUCGAAGCCAGUAGCCGUCGAGGCUCUGCACUUUCAGAGUUCGGUACACCUCAGAGGUCGUCCACAGCUCGCUUUGAGCCACAGAACACAUACGAGGAGCCACAACAGAUCAAUCCAUACAAACUCUCAAGAACUAUGACGACUAUGCCGGCUAUUGAAGAAGCACCUCCUCAGACCUUCAUUGUUCGGAAAGGCACGGUAGCUUGGACAUAAUCUUGAAGAAG